AGAACGUCAGCAGCUCAAAAGCCUGGUGGCUUGUGGGUAGAAACUGUCUCUGUGUCUGCUAGCGUGGGUCUGAAUGCUCCUGAACCGCCUGCCGGAUGGCAGGAGUGAGAAAAGUCUGUGGCUGGGAUCGGAGAGGAUGCGCAUAGUCUUCCUCAUGCAGCGCUGUCUGUAGAGAUCCUGCAUGGCUGUGCUGUCCUCACCACCCUCUGCAGAGCUUUGUGGUCCAGAGCAUUACAGCUGCCGUACCAGGUGGUGAUGCAGCCAGUCAGAAUAGUAUGAAGCAUGAACUAUGAAGCAAAGUUACAAACAAUUUUUAGGAAAAUGUGUCUUCUUUCUUAAACAAAAGUUUAAUAAGACAGGGAAGGACUUGGAGAUUUAGCAACUGAGAUUAAUACAUUAUUGAGCAAAAUUGUGAUGGAGUAAAUCAUUUGUUACACUAUUCAGUACAUUACUUUUGCUCCAUAAAUUGACCUGAAACACAUUCACAUAAUUACCAGUUCUGCUGUUCUACACACCAACAUAUAUCCCUAUCAAAGUCAGAACACACAUGUGAUCUUUCAUAUGUAUGAACACAAAUCCAACAACACAAAGCAAAGAUGCUUUGGAGUGCAUUACACACAACAUUGAAUAUGAUAGAGUUUAAUUUGGGGCUUCAUACUAAGUGAUGCUGUUGAGCUGACCUCCUCUCCUUCUCGGCUGCUGCAGUGGGUAAGACGUGGACAUGUCCCACAUGCGAUAAGAAAUAUCUGACAGAGUACAUGCUGCAGAAGCACGUCCACCUGACCCAUGAAAAGGUAGAGGCCCAGUCGUGUCACCUCUGCGGGACAAAGGUGUCCACUCGCGCUUCUAUGAACCGACACCUGCGACGCAAACAUCCCGAGGUGGUGUCUGUGAGAAUCGACGAGUUUGAUGAACUUCAGGAAAAUUUGUCAAAGGAUGAUUCAUCUAUCAGCAUUGUGCAGCCCUCUCUGACCAUGGAAAAAGACGGGAUGUGUCAGGAGCGGCCCAGUCGACCUUCCCGACACCCCAAGAAGAAGCAGAGAAGCUCAGCUGAGCCGGAGCUCUCUGAGUCCGAUGAAUACGUUGAUUAUGCAUCAAAAGG